UGACUCCACCUUUUUUUUAUCAAAACCAAAUCAACCAGAAUUUUGCGAAGAAAUUAGUUUUGAUUCGAUGGCGAAGAAAGCAGUGUUGAUCGGAAUCAACUAUCCAGGCACAAAGGCGGCGCUGAAAGGCUGCAUAAACGAUGUGAAGAGAAUGUACAAUUGCCUUGUACAACGCUACGGAUUCUCCGAUGAGGACAUAAAGGUGUUGAUAGAUACCGAUAGUUCGUACGAUCAGCCCACGGGGAAGAACAUCAGGCGUGCUUUGAAUGAACUCGUGAGUUCGGCUGAACCUGGGGAUUUUCUGUUUGUGCACUACAGUGGGCAUGGCACCAGGCUUCCUGCUGAGACUGGGGACGACGAUGAUACUGGCUAUGAUGAGUGCAUCGUCCCCUGCGAUAUGAAUCUUAUCACCGAUGAUGAUUUCAGAGACUUGGUGGAUAAAGUCCCAGAAGGUUGCCGCAUAACAAUCGUAUCGGAUUCAUGCCAUAGUGGGGGGUUGAUUGAUGAGGCCAAAGAGCAAAUUGGUGAGAGCACCAAGGAUGCAGAUUCAGAUUCAGGAUCACAAUCUGACUUCAAGAACUUCUUGCACCAGACCUUGCAAGGUGCCUUUGAGUCUCGUGGAAUUCAUGUCCCCUCGAAAUUUCGCCACCGCCACCAUGAUGAGGAAGAGGUGGAUGACAGAGGAGUGGUGGAAGACUAUGAUGAGAGUGGCUAUGUGAAGAGCAGAUCUCUGCCGCUCUCAACUCUAAUUGAAAUGCUGAAGCAGAAAACUGGCAAAGAUGACAUUGAUGUUGGGAAGCUGAGACCGACCCUUUUUGAUGUAUUCGGGGAAGACGCAAGCCCCAAAGUGAAGAAGUUUAUGAAGAUCAUCAUGACCAAACUACAGGGUGACGAUGAUGGCGACGACGGUGGGUUCAUGGGGAAGGUUGGGGGUUUGGCACUACAGUUUCUGAAGCAAAAGCUGGAUGACGACGAAGAGUACGGAAAGCCGGCACUCAAGACCGAAGUGAGUAGAAAGCAAGAGGCAUAUGCAGGAGCAUCCAAGCACUCUCUUCCCAACAGCGGAAUUCUUAUCAGCGGCUGCCAGACCGACCAAACUUCGGCAGAUGCCAGUCCAUCGGGAAAUGCAAGUCAAGCUUAUGGAGCACUCAGCAAUGCCAUUCAAACCAUAAUUGCUGAUUCGGAUGGCAGCGUUACUAAUCAAGAGCUUGUUCUUAAGGCCAGACAGUUGCUUAAAAGACAGGGUUUCACUCAGCGCCCUGGCCUUUACUGCAGCGACCAUCAUGUUGAUGCUGCAUUUGUCUGCGAGUAGUUUAAUGGUAAUCUUCUGCUAUUGCUACAGAGACAAAUAAUAUACAAGGUUUGCUCAUAUAUUUGUGGCUGAUGAGAUUGUACUUUUUCUUGGACUGUUUGUUUAUCAAUGUGUUUACUCUGUGUGUGUGUGUGUGUUUUUCUGGACAAAUAAUAAAUUUGAACUAAAAAUGAAUUAUCUAUUGCAGCUAUAACUUGAAUAAGCAUUUAGUUACAAGUUAGUCCUCAAGUUAUUUCAGGUUUUGGUACAAUGAAUACUCAACCUAGGGACCUAUUUAGUCUGUUUGCCCUUCGUGAAAAUGUAAAUAUACAAAAUUAUAGC